CCCGCCCCUCGCGCGCGCUUCCCGCUGGGAAGUGCCGUUCCCCGGCCCGGGGCGGGAGCGUGCCGCGCAGAGGCUGCCGGGAGCGGCGGGUCCCGCCCCCCGGCCAGUGCGGCGCGCGGCGGGGCGGCGUCCGCCAUCUUGCGUCGGUGUCUGCUGCCGGUGCGGAGCGCUCGGGAGCGGCGAUCUCGCGUUUGGACGGCGCCGGGCGCCGGGCGUGUCCGCCGCGAUGGACAACAUGGCAAGCCCGGGUAAAGAUAACUUCAGAAUGAAAAGCUACAAGAACAAUGCUCUUAAUCCCCAAGAGAUGCGCAGGAGGAGAGAGGAGGAAGGAAUCCAGCUCCGGAAGCAGAAAAGAGAAGAGCAGCUGUUUAAACGCCGAAAUGUGUCUCUCCCGGGAAAUGAAGAAUCCAUGGUAGAAAGCCCCAUUCAGGAUCCUGACGUCAGCUCUACUGUUCCUAUUCCAGAGGAAGAAGUUAUUACGGUAGAUAUGGUACAGAUGAUUUUUUCAGAUGAUCCUGAUCAACAACUCACAGCAACUCAGAAAUUCAGAAAAUUGCUCUCUAAAGAGCCUAAUCCACCUAUAGAUGAAGUAAUUCAAAAACCAGGAGUAGUACAGAGAUUUGUGAAAUUUCUAGAGAGGAGUGAAAAUUACACUCUGCAAUUUGAAGCAGCUUGGGCUUUGACAAACAUAGCAUCUGGAACUUUCUUACACACCAAAGUUGUAAUUGAAACUGGAGCUGUUCCCAUUUUUAUUAAGUUGCUUAGUUCAGAACAUGAAGAUGUGCAGGAGCAGGCAGUAUGGGCUCUUGGAAACAUUGCUGGUGAUAAUGCAGAAUGCAGAGACUUUGUUUUGAACUGUGGAAUAUUGCCACCUCUCCUAGAAUUGUUAACAAAUUCGAAUCGUCUUACAACAACUAGAAAUGCAGUCUGGGCACUCUCAAAUCUUUGUAGAGGAAAGAACCCACCUCCAGACUUCAGUAAGGUUGCUCCUUGCUUAAAUGUUUUAUCAAGACUGUUGUUUAGCAGUGACCCAGAUGUAUUAGCAGAUGCUUGCUGGGCCCUCUCUUACCUCUCAGAUGGUCCCAAUGAUAAAAUUCAAGCUGUUAUUGAUUCUGGAGUGUGUCGAAGAUUGGUAGAGCUGCUUAUGCAUAAUGAUUACAAGGUGGUGUCUCCUGCAUUAAGAGCAGUUGGAAAUAUUGUUACUGGGGAUGAUAUCCAAACACAGGUGAUUUUAAACUGCUCUGCAUUACCGUGUCUCUUGCACUUGCUUAGUAGUCCCAAGGAGUCUAUCAGAAAAGAAGCAUGCUGGACUGUUUCUAAUAUCACUGCAGGAAAUAGAGCUCAGAUUCAGGCUGUUAUAGAUGCAAAUAUUUUUCCAAUAUUAAUUGAAAUACUUCAAAAAGCUGAAUUUCGCACCCGAAAAGAGGCAGCAUGGGCCAUAACUAAUGCAACAUCAGGAGGAACCCCGGAACAGAUCAGGUAUUUGGUAGCACUAGGUUGUACCAAGCCUCUUUGUGACCUCCUGACUGUGAUGGAUUCAAAAAUAGUACAGGUGGCUUUAAAUGGACUUGAAAAUAUUCUGCGUCUUGGAGAACAAGAGUCAAAGCAAAAUGGAAUCGGCAUUAAUCCUUACUGUGCCCUCAUAGAGGAAGCCUAUGGACUUGACAAAAUUGAAUUUCUUCAGAGGCAUGAAAACCAAGAGAUCUACCAAAAGGCUUUUGAACUCAUAGAACAUUAUUUUGGCGUGGAAGAAGAGGACUCUAGUAUUGCGCCUCAGGUGGAUGAAAGUCAGCAGCAGUUUGUGUUUCAACAACAGGAGGCUCCAAUGGAGGGGUUCCAGCUCUAAACUAGUGAAGUGAAUAUAAGCAUAAAAUUUAAACACGUGUAUGGUUGUUUUUUUUUUUUUCUCAUAGGUCUAUUCUUUAUGGCCAAAGUUAGAGGAAAAGCUGAAUACGUUUUGCAGAAAUAGAUGAAGAAACAGCUCAUGCACUUUUAUACAUUGUGUUAGAGACAACUGUUCUCUGUUUUGUAUUUGUGUUCUUCAUUAUCUCUUAUGUACAGAAACAACUGUGAGUAAUCAUGUCUAAAAACAUUAAAUGUGAUUUAACAAGAACUGUUUAGCUAAGACUUGGUAGGAUUUUAGGUAGUAGUUCUGAAUUUUUUAUGUAGUCUCAAACUUCAUAUCAGCAAUACAGUUACUGACAGUUGAAUUUUUGGCAGUAGGCUUGACUUGCCCAGUCUAUCAAAUCUACCUCUUCUAUUGAAGCAGAAACAUUGCUUCAGAACUAAGGCAUGAAAUAAAGAUGAGCUUGUAAGAAGCUGAAUUGGAAUGUGAAAAAUAUUUAUUUAAAUUGUGAAACUUUUAUGCAUUACUUACUUUACAACACACUGUUGGAAUUUAUUUAUAAAAUGUAUUUAAAGACAUAAUAGAUAUAUAUAAUGCUAAUUACCUAAUAUAAUAUUGAAUAUAUGAAAAAGUUUUUUCUGAAUUAUGUGGGAAGAGAACUAUUUCAUAGGUUUUCAAAUUGGAAUCAGUAGAGACCUUGCUGGUCAUUUGAUGUUGGCUCUGUAAUGAAAGCUGCUAAACGGCAUUACAAGUCAGCCACAACUGCAGUACUUUGCAGUGGAAGCAGCCACUGCAGUUACCACAAGGAAGCUGCAAUUAAUAAUGACAGAAGGGUGAUGUGCACCAGUCACCAAGCUGAUGUUUGACAGCCAUCUUCUGUCAAGAUGUGGUAACACCACUUUAGUUUGAGAAACAUUGCAGUGUUUGCCUUUUAGUACAAUAGCUUCUUAAAAGUUUAGACAAUAGAUGUUGUUUUUUGACCAAAUAUGCUACUGCCACUUGAAUUGUUCCUUAGCUUAAUGAAUUUGGUUUGCUUUUGGUAAGACAAUAGAAAUUCAGUGAAAAAUGAAUAGUGAAUCUCUCCAGCUGGAGGAAAAGUUUGUUGUACUGUAAAUAGCAUUAAGUAUCUGGACACCAAAACUAACUAGAAGUUAUGUCAUCUAAAUAUUUACGCUCUACAAUAUACAGUGUUUGCUGUUAAACACUAAAAGAAAUAGAAUUUUAAUAUUUACGUUAACGGUUUUGAGUACAGAAAAAUGUAUGCUGUGCUUUGACUUGCAUAUAAGUAGUGUUUCUGGUGUAUUAGUAGUAUAUCUCAUUUGGAGAAAUUAAUACUUUGGGUUAAUUCUGAAGUAUUGCUAUUUUUUAUUACCUGUAAUUAAUAUAUUAACAUCAAACUCCUGGGUUAAGUGAAAUCUGUGACAUAUGAGAGCAUUUCAUGCUUCAUAAAAAGCUGCAAUUCAAACUUCAAAUCACUUACCCAUGGCACUGUGCUUGUCACUAAAUAAUAUUUUAAUGCACUGAAAAAUACAGGUUAAAGGUGGUAUCAUUUACAGUACCAUUUUAUAUUUAGAUUUUUUUUUUUACACGCGAAUUAAGAUUCUAAGAUGUUUCACUUUGAUGUUACAGCAAUAUAUUCUAUAUUGUAAUUGAAUGUGGGACUUGAAGUGGAUUUUCUAAUAUUAAUGGUCAGUUUUGACUAAGAUAUAACUGGGAGGAAAGCAAUCUCCCUUUGAAGUCUUUUUAGUGGCAAAUAGAUGUGUAAGAAGUGUAUAUAGGAGUGCUGUUACUUUAUGAACUCUGAAUAAUGAGAUAUUUUAGCAAAUGACACUUUAAACCUAGAUUUGUACAGCAUACAACAGUUUUGAAUAGUGUGAUAACAUUGAGUACGGCUGCCAAAUUUUCAUAUAAUGUUAUGGGGUUUUACUUAUGCCCUUUUUACUCUCAUAGUUUAGGUUUUCAUACACCAACCUUCAUUCUUUCCCAUGGUCUCCCAACUCCCCAUCUAUCGAAGAACAGGGUAACAGUCAUGGAAAUCUACUAAGAUUACAAGCAAAUACUGAAUUUCAGUGUUCUAGUGUAAGAAAAUUAUUCAGGUAACAGGGUAUUCCUUUGUUUCUAACAACCUUGUUUUGAUAACAACCAGCUGUGCCUGCUUUUUAUUUGGAGAACCCUGUAAAACUACAUUUGUAAGCCUCUCAUAUUUAAACCAAAUCUGAACUAUGAAAAUCUUAAUUGAAAGACAUGAAAAUGAAGAAAAGAGGGGACAUUUAAAGUAUUAUAUUUGUUUUGAAAUAAUGUCUCCAGUUGUGUGGAUAUAUUAUUCUAUCUUGUGGACGGUUAGUGACUGCACUUUACGCAUUUAGACAAACUAUUUCAUGCCUCUGAUACCAUUUAAAUGCACAGUUAGAAAGGGAGCUAAAAUUCAAGAACUUAGGAUAAUGAAAAUCCCUAUUUAAACUCAGCAUAAACCUGAUACUGUUAAAAAAUAAUAAUGAAAAUUAUUUAAAGGACAUACAUACAGGAUGGUCUCUCCUAUUUUAUCACUGGGUUUAUAUCAUGCUUUGUUAAAAGCACAUAAAUGAACAAAAUAAAACCAGAGAUUAUGACUUAAGGUCUGCUCCAGUGUGCUCAUUUGCAGGUAGGAGCAUGAUUAUGAUGAUGUUACCCAAACUGAUGAAACCAGUAUGGAGAGAGAAAAAUAAAACUGUGAUAUUAAAAUCUCUUUAAGUUUGGCAUUUUAUAUGCAAUCUGAAGUGUCCCGUCAGUUACAAAGUGUGUUUAAAAACAGGGGUUUGGGUUUAAUUAAAAGGAUACCAUUUGUUCUGCUUAAAUGUGAAUACUAACUCGCUAAUCUAUGCAACUAUGCAGAGCAUAAGAUUUUUUUUUUAUUAGUUCCCUACUCUUGUUACACUGAGUCAUAUCUAAUUUUUUUAUCAUUGCACUUUUGUCUGAGGACUGGUUCAUACAGUUUUUUAAUUUUCUAGUAUUUGCUUUACACACUGUUGCUAGCAGCAAUCAAAAAAUAGUAAUAAUGUUGGCACAGAAAUGUUUGCUGUAGAACAAAUUUGCAACUGGAAACUAUUUAUUGUUGGCCCUAUCUUAAAGAAAAUAGUAAAGAUGCACUAUUAUCUUUCCUCCAUGGUUAAUUCUCAGUUGGUUAAAAUUUAUUAAAUUGUACAAUGAGGAUUUUUGUAACAGGUCUGCAAAUUGAUACGUGGACUUAAACCGUGACCUCAAGAUUUCACUGAAAUCUGGAACAAAAAAUUCUAAAUAUUUAUGGCACAAUGUCUUCAUAUAAUGCAUGGAAACUAAAUUACCUGUAUUAACUUCAGAUAGUAAUAGUGCAUCUUUAAAUCCAGGCCAAAGGCGCAUUACUGUAACAGAACACAUAUAAGUAGUAUGCAAUAUUAUGGAAUGUUAAAUCUCCAAAUACCAUAUAGAAACCAAUAAAACCUAUUUUACAGAUGCUGGCUGUAUUUGUUUAGUGAUUCAGUAAGUGUUGCUUCUAAAAAAUGCAAAUACCAUUUUGAAUGCAGGAUUGAUGCCAAUGAAUUCCAAGUGAGAAUCUGUGCGCUGAAAAACUAUGCACUGUCACCAGACAGAAAACUUCUUGGGUUUAAAUAUUUUGUGGUUAUCUAACCAAAGGUACCUGACAUUCUUAGGAAAUUACCUGAUCUCUUUAAAACGAAUUACUGCUUUUAAUCAUAUGCAAAACAUUCUAAAUAGUUUUAAUUAUAUGCAACAAGUAUCCUGAAUAUCUUCCUAAUGAAAGAGACUUUCCCUUUCUUUUUGUGAUGCUGUAGCUGCCCUUACUGGCUUCAGGGUGUGCGUAAUACAGUUGUCCAUUUAGGGGAGAAACUCACUAGUUGCUCUCACAGCAGUUAAUUUUGCUCUUCCGAGGACACUGAGCAUUUCAGAUGAAGUUACUUUGUCUUUGCCUCCGCGGCCAGCGCAGCCUCCUCCCGCCACUUGGCCUUCUUGGCCAAGUUGAGGCUCGUUAAGGACUCAUGACGUGCAGCAGCCUGAGGGAGUAACAGCGUAGGAGUAAGGAUGCGCCCUGGGAAAGGUACCCAACCUCAGGAAUGGGCAACAGCCCUCCAGGGUGGCAGGGGUGACAGAGAUUAGGUUAGCUAAAACUUGGGCAGCUGUAAGCUGCUGCUCUUGGUUUAGAUUUGUGUGCUUUUCACAGAAUUCCAUUAUUUUGAAGUAUGCUACACGGUCAUACCUUCUUAGCUGAAGCAAUCACCGCAAAACAGGCAAUAAUUGAGAGCCCAAUCAUGAUGUAACAGGCUUUCACUCGAGCUUUGUUUCUUGCCUUGUCUAGCAUCUCUACCCUGCAAUUAAAGUAGUUGAAUUGAGUCAUUAAAAAAGGCAAAGUAUCUCUUCAAAGCAUUGCAGACAUAACAUCACAAUUUAAAAAUAAAUAUAAAAUUAGCUUCUGGAACAAGCAUCUUGCUGCGGUUAGUUAUGUAUCAGCCAUUUUCUGAUCCUAAUCCAUUUCCCAUGGCAAAGCAACAUUUAGUGGAUUUAGACUGUUUUGGGGCUUUUUAAGCUGGGAAAAAAUUGCUAAGGCAAUAAAUGUUUGCAUUUCAAUGCUUGGGGUAUAUAGACCAGAAAUCAUACCUUAAACUAAACAUAGUGAAAAUUAAACGGGGUUAUCUGUUUAAAACGGAUGGAGACAUAUGUGGUGUUGGAUGGAGUGAAAAAAACCUCCCUUUAUUCAAAGUUAACUUUGGAAAUAAAUUACUGCUAUAUUUAACCUGUUCAGACUGGGUUCUGUAGGCUAAGGACUUGACAUCCUUGGAUUGUUGAUUAAAACAGUUUGUACUGCUACUAGUUAAAUGUUUUAGUUCUUUUAUUAUUUAGUUCUUUCAGUUCUGCUGCUUUAGCAGCCUGACAGAAAGUGGGCAGCUGAUGUCAGCCACCUCACUAUUUCAGGAACGGAACACCUAAAGAACUAUCUACAGGAUUGUUUUUGCUGGUCAUCAAAGGCAAAAGUAGUGAAAACUGCUGUCCUCUGACAGUAGUCGGUGCAAAGGAGGCAUUUGACAGCCUAGCAAUCUGCUUUGGUACAGCUGCCCUAUCCACCCUCUCCUCUGAGCCAGCAGCGUGGCCUUGGGAACUGGCAGUACAGGAAAUCAUGAAAAUUGUCCCAAAACGUUCAGCUAAGUUUUUCCAAGUCAGACAUUAUACUUGGGAGUACAGUCUUUAAGAUGUUCAUAAUAAUACUGGCUGUGCACCAUUUUCCUUUCAUAAAUUAUCAUGAGAAUGUUUUAUAGCUAUAUAUAUUUGUAAGAUAUAAGUACAUGUUUUAUACAUAUGUAUAAACCCACAACUAUACGUGUAAAAAGAACAGCUGCAUAAAGAAUGAUUUUGUGUUCUAAGUAAA